AUUUCAGUAGAGAUGCCAGACGUAAAAAAUUAGGUAUUUUAGUCUGGUCACACUUUCGCAAAAAGUAAACAAACCAAACAACGCGAUGGAUAACGUUAAAUUCUUCAUUUGCAAUAAGAACCGGAAAAUUAAUUUCCAAAGUCGCUGUGUGGAGGCACAGAAGAUCGAUGGCUUUAUUAAAAGUGAGGCGGUUUUUGGUGGCUAGGAGUCACAGGAUGCUGAUGCAGGUGUACCCGUCUGCAACCGCGACUCUCAGCCUGAGGACACCUAGAGUGCGAAGAUUCAGGAGCAGGCCAAGAAGCAAUGAAUUUUGGUCACUUAUGCAAGAGCCUAAAAAUGAAAAAUUUGUUUUUUGAGAACUUAAGGAUGUCAAAGAGUUCAUUUUUCGAACUGUGCGAAUUGCUACGUCCGGGGCAGAGCAUGUUUUUAACCGUUCCAGUUCCUCUGGAGAAACAAGUUGCGAUUUGCGUAUACAAACUGGCGACCUGUGCCGAGUAUCGAGUGAUUGGGGAUGUAUUUUGAGUACAUAAAAGUACUGUGUACAAGUACUUUCAUAUUGUUGUUAAAGCAAUGGUGAAACUUACGAGUGUAUUAAUUUCAUUCCCAAAACUGGAUGAAUGCAUUCAAAAUGCAGGUGCAUUUCAAAAAAUGUGUCACAUUCCUAACGUGAUUGGAGCUAUUGAUGGAACACACAUUCCUGUUAAAGCCCCAAAGAUUGGCUACAUGGAUUUCGUUAAUCGCAAGGGAUGGGAAUCGAUGGUCAUGAAAGCUGUAGUUGACAACAAUUACUUGUUUAGAGACGUCAGCAUGAAAUUGCCAGGAAGUGUCCACGACGCGACGGUCUUUAAAGAAUCUGGAAUUUUCAAGAACCAUAGCCGAAUCAUUUCGGAAUUUGUAAAACUGAUGGGCAACAAAAAGAUUCCCUUCAUUAUCCUAAGAGAUCCUGCAUACCCAUUGCUACCGUGGCUUCUAAAACCAUAUACUGGAUACCUAACAGGAAGAGUCGUUCAACUGCUACCUUAGCUCGGGCAGAAUUGUAGUGGUGAAUGCCUUUGGUCGAUUGAUAGGACGCUGGAGGUGCCUGGCCAAAAGAGUAGAUACCGAUUAUAAACAUGAUAUGUACUUCAUAACUUCGUGGAAAUAAGAAAGCAGAAGUUUACGCCAAUCAACGAAUAUGAAAGUAACCAGCAACCACCAGACUGGCAUUGUAACCAAGUAUUGGAAUCUCCUGAAUGAGAUCCAUCUGAUCUUAGGGAACACAUUAAGGAAUACAUUGCAUCUAACUUUCCUUUGCGAAGCAGUUCAAUAUAAAAGAAAAUUGCA